AUGGACGCAACAGAGGGACUGUCGACGGCGCGCGACGCCUGUGAAGCACGAAGGAAGAAGAGCCUGAAGAAGAAGAAGCCGCGAUUGAUUUUGACGAAGCAUCCGCUUGGACUUCUUCCCUCCGGCAACGCCCUGUUUGUCUCUUCCGGCGCCUCGCGCGUCGUCGAACGCUCUGCCUCACUUGGCUCUCUGGCGGCUCUGGACGACGCGACUCUCCUCGUCUUCCUCUCCACCCUCGCGGAGUUCGCUCCUCUCUCUGCGCUCCUCUCUCUCUCCAGCGCCUCCAAAUAUCUCCUCGCAGCGCUCCUCGAUGAAGAGUUGUGGCAGUCGCUCCUCCUCUCUCGGCUUCAGCCUCCAGGCAGCUGCGCAGAGGCAAGAGGCGCCCUGGGAGCGCAGAACAACGGGGUGUCUCCGAUAGAGACACCAGACGCACCUCUUCCAUCCGCGAACUCGCCGCUCAAGAAGCAGAGCAGCCCGCGCUCUUUACCCGAUUCUUCGCCAGAGUCUUCUACCUGUGCUUCCUCUCCUCUCUCGGCUGCGAGAGAUCAGCGCACCGACGAGAAGGGCGUGGAGACAGUGGAGAAGCGAGGAUGUUGCGGCGAGGCCAGUGCGACUGCUGGCCUCGCCGAGGAACGCGAAGAGCGGCAGAGGAAAGACGCGACCUGCGGCAUUUCAGACUUCACCUGGCGGGGCACGUGGAAACUCACCUACUUGCGUGCAGAGCGCGAGAGAAUCGCGCGCCAAAGAACACCGCGCGCCGCCGGCUCUUUUGAUGCUACCGAUGCUUCCUCGGCCUCCGGUUCGCCCGGGGAGGACCCGCCGGAGAUGAGCUGUCUAGACAGCUCGGAAGCAGGGAACGCCAGAGGAGAAGCGCCUCUCCCCGUUCUCCAGGGCGUCUGCUCGGAUACUUUCUUUCAACGGUGGCUCUGUGCGACAGUCGAUGUCAGCAGCUUGUUUUACCGGAACUACGAUACUCUCGAGAGAGUCCCCGCCUCCGAGUUGAGUGUCGAGGAGUUCGUCGAGCGCUACGAAAAACCCAAUAAACCGGUCGUCAUUACAGACUUGGUGUCAAGGUGGCCUGCGUUCGGGAAGUGGAACGAGAAGUACUUGCGUCGGCAUUUUGGCGACGUGCGUUUCAACGCUGGCGCCGCAUCCAACAUACGCCUGGAGACCUUCUACCAGUACGCUGGCUCCAACUUUGACGAAGCGCCUCUCUUCAUCUUCGAUCCUCGCUUCGCUGAAUCCACUCGAGAUGCCCUGGCUUCUUCUUCUUCUUCUGCCCCGUUGGCUUCCUCGAGGGACGAAAUGGGGCUGAAUCAACUUGACGAUGACUGCGUGCGGUCGCUGGCCGAGGACUACGAAGUCCCUCCGUACUUUGCAGAUUCGCGCGAUCUGUUUGCUUGCCUUGGAAAGCGCAGACCGAAUUUCAGGUGGAUGCUCGUGGGCAACUGCCGGUCCGGUUCCAAGUGGCACGUGGAUCCGAAUCAGACGAGUGCGUGGAAUGCCGUGGUCAAGGGAUGCAAACGCUGGAUUCUUUUGCCUCCGACCGUUUGCCCGCCGGGCGUCUUUCCUUCUCCAGACGGCGGCGAAGUCACACAGCCCGUCUCCCUCGUCGAGUGGCUGAUGAACUACUACUUCGACGCACUCCAUGCGCCAGGCUACCCCUACACCGGAGGCGUCGCCCCCAUCGAGGGCUCUGUUCGUGAGGGCGAGGUGAUUUUCGUUCCCCAAGGUUGGUGGCACUGCGUGCUCAACGAGGAAGACGACACCAUCGCAGUCACGCAAAACUUUGUCUCGCCUGUCACUCUCCAAAAUGUCCGAUCUUUCCUCCACUACAAAAAAGACCAGAUCUCCGGCCUGUGCACACAGGGAAGACACGAGACGUUCGCGAGUGAAUUUGACGCCGCAGUCGGAGCUUGCUACCCCGAACUGCUUCCUGUCGUCUCCUCGCCACCGCCUCCUUGCACUUCUUCUUCUUCUUCUUCUUCUUCUUCUUCUUCUGUCUGUCGUGUGGCAUCAACGGCCAGUCGCGAGGAGAUCCCUGGGAACGAGAAUGGCGAAGGCGGUGGGAGGGAAGAGGGGCGAGACGAAAGGAAGAGAGCGAACGGCGAGAGCAGAGCAGCGACGGAGGGAAAGGGAAGCAGCGAAGGACCAGGGGGACCAGGAACAAAGAGGAAGGACGCGUCGGAGGAGACAGGCGGCUUUUGGGAGAGGCUGAAGAAGAGACGGCGACCGAUGGUAUUGGGUCGAGGGCCCGAUGGGGAGGCCUCGAAGACUCCGGUUUAG